CAUUCCCUUCAAUCUUUUCCGGUCCGUAACUAUAAGAGUACAAUGAGUUUACCUUUCUCUCAAGGCAUCGAACACGCCGUUCACCUCUCUCUCACAAAGAAACGAGGGAUAGGGAGCCAGAUAUGGCAGGAGGAGGAGGUGAGUCAGAGCUAAGCCUGGAGUUCACUCCAACAUGGAUCGUCGCCAUCGUCUGCUCCGUCAUCGUCUUCAUCUCUCUCUUCUUCGAGCGAAUCCUCCAUUUCCUUGGCAAGCUUCUCAAGCGGAAGAAGCAGAAGCCUCUGUUUGAAGCUCUUCAGAAAGUGAAGGAAGAGCUGAUGCUGCUGGGGUUCAUUUCGCUGCUGCUGACGGUGUUUCAGGGGGCGAUUCAGAGGACAUGCAUCAGGGAGAGCCUCACCCACCAUAUGCUCCCCUGCAAGAGAAAGGAGGCUGCGACGACUGCGCACUACGCUGUCAGAUUCUUCUCCGGAGUUCUCGGCAGCGGGCGUCGCCUGCUGGCUGGGGGCGGAGAAGACUCGACUCACUGUCAGAAGGAGGGAAAAGUUCCAUUACUUUCACUGGAAGCAAUCCAUCAACUGCAUAUCUUUAUCUUUGUUUUAGCAGUCACACAUGUGGUACUUAGUCUCAUCACUGUACUUUUAGGAACUGCUAAGAUUCGUAUAUGGAGACAUUGGGAGGAUUCAAUCCAGAAGGAGGAUGGAAAUGUUCCUAAAGGAAUCACCCAUGUACAUCAAUUUGAAUUUAUCAGGAAUCGUUUCAAGGGAUUUGACAAAGAUUCUUCAGUACUAAGUUGGUUGCAUUCUUUUGUUAAGCAGUUCUUUGGAUCUGUUACCAAAUCAGACUACACUACAAUGAGACUUGGUUUCAUCAUGACUCACUGCAGGGGUAACCCAAAAUUUAAUUUUUACAGUUAUAUGAUACGAGCCCUUGAAGCUGAUUUCAAGAGAGUUGUUGGUAUAAGUUGGUACCUUUGGAUUUUUGUGAUGGUUUUCUUGUUGCUGGAUGUUAAUGGGUGGCAUGCAUAUUUUUGGAUAUCAUUCAUUCCUUUAAUUCUUCUCCUUGCUCUUGGCACUAAAUUGGAGCAUAUCAUCACUCAGUUGGCUCACGAGGUUGCUGAAAAGCAUUCUGCCAUUGAAGGUGAUCUGGUAGUUACUCCUUCAGAUGAUCUCUUCUGGUUCCACCGGCCUAAAAUUGUCCUGUUUUUGAUUCACUUCAUCCUUUUCCAAAAUGCCUUUGAGAUUGCUUUUUUCUUCUGGGUACUGACCACGUAUAACUUUGAUUCCUGCAUCAUGGGACAAGCAGGCUUCAUAAUCCCCAGACUUGUAAUCAGUGUCCUUAUCCAGAUUCUCUGCAGCUACAGCACCCUGCCACUCUAUGCCAUUGUGACACAGAUGGGCAGUUCAUUUAAGAAGGCCAUAUUUGAUGAAAAUGUGCAAGAAGGCCUUGUGGGAUGGGCUCAACAGGUAAAGAAGCGGAAGGGAAUGAGAGUGAUGAAUAGAGAGAGCGGAUCAACAAGCACGCUGCAAUCAGGUAAUGGAACCUCAGUGGGGAUUCCAUUGCAGAACCUGGUCAUCCCGAAAGAUCACUUGAUGGAAGAAGGAAAAGCUGAGAUUGUUGAAGAGAAGACCUUCUUGAAGGACCCAGCUUAGAUACUCAAUGACAUUGUCGAAGCCCAGGCCUUGACAUCAACUGCUCCAUGAGCCUGGUGCUUGAGAGCAGCCAUGGCUAAUAUAUUGAUGGUCAACUCUGUAAAUUUCUGUGCUUGGUCUUUCAUUUGUUGGGAGAGAUCUUUUUUUUUUUUAACUUUUUGUUCCAUUUUCCUCUUCAGUUUGUAUUAUCAUGAGUUGGUAUCAUUUAGUUGCUAAAAAAGUUCUCAAAUACUAACGGAUCAUACUACUAUCUACAUGGUCGCAGACCCAUAUAGAUGAGAUAAAGAAUACAAGUUACCAUUCAAUGUUAAUAACACGCAUAUUGGUGCAA